AUUUAAAUAUAAAUAUUUUUAAAAAAAAAAAACUUGUAAAAAGAUGACAGACAAUACAUCCUCAAAGGAGAAAUCGAGUUCGGUUUUUACGUUAAAUGACUUCAACUCAAAAACAAAUUUAACCGAGAAGGGCCAACUCCACGAUGACUAUAAUCCAUUCGAGCACCGCGAUCAAGUCAAGGGCAGUUCGACAGGUGGUGCUUUAGCACAUUUGCUUAAAGGUUCUCUAGGUACCGGCAUUUUGGCUAUGCCAAUGGCUUUCUACAAUGCUGGUCUCGUUUUUGGCAUGGUUUUCACAUUAAUUGUUGGCAUCUUAUGUACACAUUGUGUUCACAUUCUGGUGCGGACUUCACAACAAGUAUGUAAAGAUACCAGAGUGACGUCGCUUGGAUUUGCUGAAACAGCGGAAAAGGUUUUUGAACUUGGUCCCAAACCGUUCAGACCAUGGUCAAAUUUUGCUAAACAAUUCGUUGAUUGUGCACUUAUGGCGACUUAUUAUGCAGCAGCUUGUGUAUACAUGGUAUUUAUAGCAACUUCAUUCCAUGAUGUUAUAAACUUUGAUCUAAAAUUAGAUUGGGAUAUACGCAUCUAUAUUGCGUUCACAGUUAUCCCUUGCCUAUUCAUUGGUCAAAUAAGAUCUCUAAAACUCUUAGUGCCAUUUUCAACGUUGGCCAACAUUUGUAUUGUUGUUGUAUUUGGUAUUACUCUCUAUUAUAUGUUCAACGAUACACUGGACUUCGAUCGACCACUAGUAGCUAAGGUAACGCAAAUACCGUUAUUCUUUGCUACCGUCAUUUUUGCAAUGGAAGGUAUUGGUGCAGUGAUGCCAGUAGAAAAUUCAAUGAAGAAACCACAACAAUUUCUUGGUUGCCCUGGUGUACUAAAUAUAGCUAUGAUAACAGUUGUGGGUUUAUAUGCUAUAAUCGGUUUCUUCGGUUAUGUUCGUUAUGGUCCGGGUGUCCGUGGAAGUAUUACUUUGAAUUUGGAAAAGGGAGAGGCCCUCGCUGAUGCUGCUAAAUUACUUAUGGCUAUAGCUAUACUUUUUACAUAUGGUCUACAAUUUUACAUACCAAAUGAAAUUUUAUGGAGAAAAAUAAAUCACAAAUUCAAUGAGAAAAAUCAUAACAUUACACAGAUUUUAUUACGUAGUGGUAUUGUGCUGAUUAGUGGUGGCAUUGCAGCUGCUAUACCCAACUUGGAACCAUUCAUUAGUUUAGUGGGUGCUAUAUUCUUUUCAUUAUUGGGUAUUUUUGUACCCAGUGUUGUGGAAACAGUUUACUUAUGGCCAAAUAUGGGUCGUUUCAAUUGGAAAUUGGUUAAAAAUAUAAUACUGAGCAUAUUAGCCAUAUUGGCAUUGAUUGCUGGAUCGGCUGCAAGUAUACAGGAAAUAAUACAGGAUGAGACUAACGAAGAUUAAAUCAGAAAGCUUGAAACAUAAAACACGUAUUUAUUUUUAAUGAUAGCCAUUUAUAUGUAAAUAAACCUCAUAUGUGUGUAAAUGUCAUCUGCCAAAAUAUUUAUAUCCUUUUAGCAACUAACGUGAAAGAGGCCUGGUGCUUACUGUUUUAAUAUAUAAUAUGUAUCUUUAGCACUGUUAGGAGUUUAAAACACAAAAACACUUAUUAGAAAUUAAGUAAUUGUCAAAAAUAUUAGGUAUCUUAUAGAUAACAUAAUAAUAUAUAUGUGAAACAGAAUUACUAAAUUCAAAUAAGAUACGAGUGUAAAAAAAUUUCGACUGCAUUGUAAUGAUAUUAUUUGUAAGUUUAACUUUCAAAUAUUUCCAUUUACUUUAAGGUAUAGUUCUAGAAUAAUAGGAAAUAAUCAUAUUGCAUGAAAGAAUUUAAAGUGUAUUGUUAAUAAUACAUAU